GUUCCCUCAAACUCUCACUCUCUCUGUCUCUCGAAACACAAACGGCGCUCGGGCCGCUCCCUCAUCAUACAUCGAUCAAUCCAGUCAUCCGGUCCUCGUCCAGUCGUCCAGUCGUCCUCGUCGUCGUCCAGUCGUCCAGUCGUCCAGUCGUCCUGUCGUCCAGUCGUCCUCGUCCAGUCGUCCUCGUCGCUCCUGUUGCUCAUCCAGUCGUCCUCGGCUCGAUUGUAAUAGAAGAUCGAAACCCAGACGACCUCCGUCGAAACCCAGACGUCCUCCGGUCUCCGCCUAGGUCACCGUUAAACUCACUCCAACCUUUGAUCGAUUUCUCUCUCGAACCAUUUUUCCCAGAGGCCCCCAAAAAGGCGCGAAAAUGAGCAGAGACUCUCCGGCACCGGCAACUGGACCCGGACCCGGACUGGUGAUAUCGACGACGCCACCCAUCCUCUCCUUCCUCGUCUCCGCCUCCACCGACCCACACCUCUCCAAGGACCUCCAGCAAACCGCCUCCAAGCUCUCCUCCAAAUCCAAUGUCCCCUACCGGGCCAUCCGCGCCCUCUGGGUCGCUUCCCGGGCCUCCACCCGGCCCCAAUUGGUCAAGCUCUUCUCCGGUUCCGGGUUCGUCUUCACCAGCCCCAAGCCCAGAGAGAAGAGUGAGGAGCUGAAGGCGAGGCUGAAGGAGCUGGCGGAGAUGUCAGAGAGGAAUGCAUAUGCAGAGCUUGUGAAGGAUAUAACGCCCCGGAAAGAUAGCGCCCCGGAGCCGUUCUCGUCUUACAAGGAUCAAUUGGGCUUUGGUUUACAUGUUGUGGUGACCAUGUUUACCGGCUAUUUGGUUGGAUAUGCUGCAUUCAGAGCAUUGUUUAGCCACAGUCCUGUGAUGAAUGCUGCUGGAGGCAUUCUUGGAUUGGUCAUUGGCAUGCUCGUCGAAACGCUUAUUUUCAUAAUUCAAGCUUCCCGCUACGAUCUUAAAUCAUCCUCUUCCACAUCCAAGCUAAAGAAGGAUCAGUAGAUUUGGUAUUUGAAGUGAACAGGACUUGUGAAACCUCUUUCUCAUAUUGUUGAAGAAACUUCAAAUUGAAGAUGAUACUACAGUGAACAGGACUUGUGAAACCUCUUUCUCAUAUUGUUGAAUCCAGGUACUCUGUUGUGCAUAAAGAACUCAACCUUCCCAGUUUUGGAUAUAUUCUUGUACUUCUGAAUGUAGAUCUUGGAGUUGAUUGCCAGUUGCUAGACUUCAUGGGCGUCCAUUAGGAUUAAUUGAGUUUCAUUACAUUGAGGUUAAAAGCAGAAGGGAAUCGCCUGGAAUGUGGGAGUGAAUGUAUAUUUGGUGCGUGUUUUUGUUCAAGCAGAAAAUAACUUUGUAGCUUUCUUUCUUUAUUGGCCUGAAAUCCUUAUAGUCUGAAUAAAAAUAAAGAUUCAUAUUUAGUUUCAUAAUACUCAAUUGAGGUUUGUAUCCGAUUGUAAGACAUGAAUGCAAUUACUAAAAUAGAAAUAUCAAGUGAAUAUGGCCUAUUUGGCUAUGUAUGUAUAGUGUUGGAUUCUAUUUAGAUGUGGAUCAAGAAAA